UCUUCUACACAAACAUCUUAAGGUUUAUUUCACAGAGAAACAAGUAUCAAAGAAGAGCAAAGAGUAUAUCAACAACAAUGUAUAUUUUACCGUCUGAAUCAAAACGCCUCUUUUUAGUCCCUAUCUUGGCCGUGAUGGCCAUACAAUUUCUCUUUGUACGCACUGUUUCGUCAGUGAACAUGACAAAUACAUAUCUACACCACAAAUGCUUUGUCGAUCAAGGGAAAUACGAGCCGGGAAGUAAGUAUGAGGAAAACCUAAACUUUAUCAUCGAACCAAUCCCUGUAACGAGUGAGAGUUUUGAAAAAGGUACCAAAAUGGAAAUGAUCGGUGAAGGUCCUGAUCUAAUAUCCUUCACCCUUCAGUGCCGCGGCGAUAUCAGUGGGCCUAGAUGCCGUUCUUGCUAUGCUACUGCCCUUUCCGCGCUUCACAGAAGAUGUCCGGGAUACAAAGGACGAAUGAUAUGGUACGACCAAUGCAUUCUCGAGAUAUCUACGAUUGAUUCUUUAGACAAGAUCGACUACAACAACAAUUUAUGUGUGUCGAAUGCAAAAAAAAUGAUGGCCCAUUAUUAUUCCAACUCCGAUUGGCUGGAUCUCAUCCACAAUCUGACAACUAAAGCCCUUCGUCAAGGUAAUUCAAAAGGGAUGUACUACGCAGCGGGGGAGACGAGGCUCGGAAUGGAUAACAUAUAUGCAAUGGUGCAGUGUUCUUUUUACUUGUCGUCAAAGGAUUGCGAGAAGUGUCUGAGACAUAAUAUCAAGCAUUAUGAAGAUUGCUGUUUUAAUAGACAAGGAGCGAGAGUUUUAGGUAAAAGUUGUAGCUUUAGGUAUGAAUUUUACCCUUUCCUUUUUGAGAAGAGCCGUCGUCCUAAAUAUUUGAAAAUUUAGAAAGUAGUUUGAAACAAUGUUUUUUUUUCAUAAGCUUGAAAUAUUGUUUUGUAUUGAAAUAUCUGAAUAUAUUAUUAGGAAAUUUAAUUGUAUAACAAAAAAAAAUAUAAUUAAGCAAACGCACAUAAGGAAAUGUGAUGGAUAGAGUAUAGGCUAUCCAAUAUAUAUUAAUUGCUAUAGUACCCCUACAUAUGGAUGUGUAUGUGUAAUGUCUUUUUUUCUUGUAUUUCCCUUUUAAAUUUCAAUUGCUUUUUAGUGUUUUUAAAAACAAUUAUUCAGUUUUAUAAUUUGCAUAGUAAAAACAAAUAUUUAAAAAAAAUAUAUAUAACAUGUUUUGAAAAUUUUAAAAUAAACAUAUAUUUUGCAAAUUUUAAACAAUAUUGCAUAAACUCAAUGUUAAAUCUAUACCAUGCUACACUUUCAUAUAAUUAAGCAAAUGCACAUAAGAAAGGUGCUGGUUAGAGUAUAGGCUAUCCAAUAUAUAUUAAUCUCUAUAGUACCCCUACAUAUAGAUACAUAUAUGUAAUGUCUUUUUUUUCUUGUAUUUUCCCUUUAAAUUUCAAUUGCUUUUAGUGUUUUUAAAAACAGUUAUUCAUUUUAUAAUUUGUAUAUUAAAAAAAAUAUAACAUGUUUUGAAAAUUUUAAAACAAACAUAUAUAUUACAACUUUUAAACAUUAUUACAUAAACUCAAUGUUACCCUUUCCUUUUUGAGAAGAGCCGUCGUCCUAAAUAUUUGAAAAUUUAGAAAGUAGUUUGAAACAAUGUCUUUUUUUUUUUCAUAAGCUUGAAAUAUUGUUUUGUAUUGAAAUAUCUGAAUAUAUUAUUGGUAAAUUUAAUUGUAUAACAAAAAAAAAGUAUAAUUAA